GCGGCUGGGGGCUUCUGGAUCUUUUCGAGGAUCAAGAAGAGGACGUCGAAGAAGCACGGGAGACGCAGACGGUGGUGGGCAGAGAGAGCGACGGCUCCAGGCCGGCACGAGCGAGGUGAAAUGCGCCCUUAUCGCUCUCAAUCGUCCGUGCAGUAUCUAUCGGGGUGUCCCGACACUCCUCGCCAGCCGGGUCGCGGCCUCGACGGCUAGCAACGAUAGCGGCGAUACAGGACCGGAGAACGCUCGCUCCGGCCGAACCGACCUAUCUCGAGUGAUGCCAUUAUUACAAUCUGACGGACAAUCCGCCGCGAGACAGCUGCCGAGAUGUGCGUGGGGUAUCAUUGUUAAAUCGUGCGUAACAUGCGACGUACUCUGCCUAAUGUGUCGGGAAAAAAUUCAGUUCAUCGCGAUAAUGACGAUAACAUCAGAGGAAGGAUAAAAUUUAAGAAUGGGAGGUGGAGACUGGAGUGGUUGGUUGCAACGAUGCCGGCAAUCCCGGAGGCUCGUUCUUGUCAUCGUCGCCAUCGCACUGCUGCUGGAUAACAUGCUGCUGACGACCGUAGUUCCAAUAAUACCGGAAUUUCUCUACGAUAUCAAACAUCCUAACGCAACAUUAAGCGAGCACCUGGAAGGAAGCGUAUCUCAUCAAACUACGGUCGUCACCACCACGUCGCCAACGGCAACAACAACGCCAAAAUGCACUUGUGCUCCAAACAUAUCAGUUGCAUCUCCAUUGGAAUUUUUACAUGUUACGACUCCUUCUAUGAAUCUAUCAGAAAUUACCGCAGCCAAUCUCACAUCGCCAGACACGAAGGAAAAAGAGCAGAGACAUCGAGAAUUACUAGAAGAGACCGUAGCAGUAGGAAUGAUGUUCGCUUCCAAAGCUUUUGUUCAAUUGUUGGCUAACCCGAUAGUUGGGCCAUUGACCCACAAAAUCGGAUACAGCAUACCUAUGUUUACCGGAUUCAUUAUCAUGUUCCUAUCUACGCUGAUUUUUGCUUUCGGACGAAGCUACGGUAUACUUUUCCUAGCGCGAGCUCUUCAGGGUAUCGGUUCAUCGUGCUCUAGUGUUUCUGGUAUGGGUAUGUUAGCGGAGAGAUAUCAGGACGACAAAGAACGCGGUAACGCGAUGGGUAUCGCGCUGGGCGGUCUGGCCCUUGGCGUCCUUAUUGGCCCUCCAUUCGGCGGAGUAAUGUACGAAUUUGUAGGAAAAUCCGCCCCGUUUUUAAUCCUUUCUGCGUUAGCCCUUGGCGAUGGACUAUUGCAGCUUUUGAUGCUUCAACCGUCGGUUGUGUACACGGAAGCGGAACCACCGUCGUUGAAGUCCCUUAUCACCGAUCCUUACAUCAUUUUAGCAGCUGGGGCGAUAACGUUCGCAAAUAUGGGCAUCGCUAUGCUGGAACCGAGCCUACCUAUCUGGAUGAUGGAUACGAUGGGCGCAAGCCGCUGGAAACAAGGGGCGACGUUUUUACCGGCGAGCAUCAGUUACUUGAUCGGGACGAAUCUUUUCGGGCCGCUCGGGCACAAAAUGGGCAGAUGGCUAGCUUCCCUGAUAGGACUCGUCGUCAUUGGUAUCUGCUUGAUGUGUAUUCCGUUAGCAAGAAGUAUCGAUCACUUGAUCGUACCGAACGCGGGAUUGGGAUUCGCGAUCGGAAUGGUGGACAGUUCAAUGAUGCCCGAGCUGGGAUAUCUGGUUGACAUAAGGCAUAGCGCUGUUUAUGGAAGCGUUUACGCCAUCGGCGAUGUGGCGUUCUGCCUCGGCUUUGCUAUAGGUCCAGCGUUGAGCGGAACUUUGGUCAACAGCAUUGGUUUCGAAUGGAUGCUUUUCGGCAUAGCUUUGUUAAACUUCGCUUACGCACCUCUCAUGUAUUUCCUAAGGGCGCCGCCAACCAAGGAAGAGAAAAAGUCGUUAAUAAUUGGCGAGAAAUCGUCCGUGCGUUAUGUCACCUACCAGAACGAGGAAGAGGACCAGUGAAACAAUAAUUCUAAGCAUUUUCGAUAUGAUCAGUUAUUUCACUCAAGACACAUAUUUUCUUUUCUUUCUUUUCCAUAAUUUAUAAUGUAUCAUUAAAAAGUAGAGAUUGCCUUUGUAUUAUUACGUUUGAAUUUUUAUGUGUACCUUAAUUUCCGUAAUAAUUUUCACCGACUGACAAGACAAUAACAUUUUCUUCCUCCUUAGUUUCACGCUUUCUACUUAGUACUGUCAAAAUAUUCAUGUUCUCUUGUUUUAAUAAAAAAAUAGGAAGAUACAAAUAUCGACAAUAAAAGCACAACUGUUGACAUGCACUUGAUAAAACAUUUGGCAAACUAACGUUUAAAUGUAAAAAUUAUUAGUAACCAAGUGAAGUUUUCCUAAUAGACAGUCGACAAUUUUGAAAAGAAAGAAACGAACGAUCGUUCAAGAUAGAAGUCGCACAACACACACUUGGUAUCUAUAAAAGUAUUAAAUGUCUAAGAGAACUCGGGAGAUCUCGCAUUCUCGCAUAUUUAUGAAUAGAAGUAGCGUUACGAGAGUGAACACGUUGUGAAAUGUCUUUCUGUAUAUUCUGCAUCAUCGAUAUUAUUGUUACACACAUAUCGUAUGUAACAGACGAGUAACGGUAGACUAAAGCCUAAAGCAACGCAAAAGUCGCGGAGGAAAAAAAAACAAAAAAAUAGCUCGUUAUACCGUAGCAUGAUAGCAAGAGAUAUACAGGGU